AUUAUUGUGCGUCAUCAUUGUGCGACGAGUGGAGUCAUGGCGAGCGGGAGGAAAAGUGCGCUUCUGUCUUCUUUAGCCGCUUAUGGAGACGAUUCAGAGCAGGACUCAGAUCCAGAUACCGAUGAACAAGAGGCUCAUGGGGGCUUGGUGUCGGCUGGUUACGGGGAUGAUGACGCUGGGCGAGGUGACGAUGGACAUGAGAGAGAGUCGGGGAAUGAAGAGAGCGAUGAGAACGAUGGGAACUCGGAGAUGGAGGAUUCCGACUCGGCUGAACCUCACGAUGAUUCAAAGGACGACACAGUGGGGGAGAAGAAAGAUCCCAAUGAGUUGGUUGCCCAGUUUUCAGAGAAAGUGAGGAACAUGUCUCCUGAAGAAAUCCGUAUUCCUCCUGAACCCCCUGGCCGCUGUUCCACCCAUCUACAGGAGAAGAUUUAUAAACUGUAUGAGAGGAAACUGCAUGGAGACUUUGACACCAACAGCCACAUCCAGAAGAAGAAAGAGUUCCGUAACCCCAGUAUUUAUGAGAAACUGAUCCAGUUCUGUGGUAUUGAUGAACUCGGGACUAACUACCCAAAGGACAUGUUCGAUCCUCACGGCUGGUCUGAGGAGUCGUAUUAUGAAGCGUUAGCCAGAGCUCAGAAAAUCGAGAUGGAAAAACUGGAGAAAGCCAAAAAGGAGCGAACAAAGAUUGAGUUUGUGACGGGAACGAAGAAAGGCACGAGUGCAAACACCUCGAGUCUGAGCACAAACACCACCACCACCACCACCAGUACAGAUGCUCAGAAGAGGAAGAGUAAGUGGGACUCGGCGGUCCCGGUCACUCUGUCGCAGCCCACUCUACUGACCACCACAGCCACGCUGCCCGGAGUCGUCUCCGUCACCACCACCGCCAGCGGCACCAAAACCACCGUCAUCUCCGCCGUGGGCACCAUCCUGAAAAAAGCCAAGCAGUGACCUCACACACCUGAGCAGGUAACGCCCCUCUCGCAGGAAGUGAUGUCACACUCCAUUUCGCGGGACUGCUUUCCGUUGGCUCAGAAAUUCGCUGAAGUGGAUCUGAGAGUUUAUCUUCUCAGUGCCGGACUUUAUUACCAGAACGAAUCAGUUCUCCUGCUCGCUAGUCCUUUUAGCAUUGCGUCCUUCUUCACGUCCCUCUUCGAUCUGUAAAUUGUUCACAGCUCAGGAGUUUAGUGGAAAUCUGCUGUUAAAAUUUUAUCUGUUUCAAUUUUGCACAAUAAACAUUUUCUCAGUUGGUCUUGUAGCCAUCUUCAUCCUCACCUGAACUUCACUCUGAAACAGCGACCCGCCGGCUUUCCUGAAUGUUUGUGUUUUUUAUUUUCCGGAUGAUGGUGUGAUCAUGAGAUGAAGUGAAUUGGUGGUUUAUUCCUGAUGAUGAUAAACAUUUUGUAUUGUUGUGUA